AUGUCUGAUUGGGAUAAUGGCUACAGGUCGCUCCUCCGUUACCUUAAUGACAUCGUCAAGAUCCAUCCCGUCGUGACUCUACUUGUAGAGGCCACGCUUGGGUGUGUGAUCGGCAAGGUUCACGAUGUUUAUAAGGGAUGGUACGAGCGGCUGAUGCGGCCAGAACCCGCCCGUACUUGGUACGGGACCUGA